AUGGCUGUCGGGAUCGAAGAGAACAUAAUGGAAGAAAUGAGCGAAUGUUGCUUAUAUGAUGAACUAGGUUCAUGCAGCUCGUACAUGUCAAAGAGAUUGAACACUUGGUCUACUGAGAUAGUUAAUUUAAAUGAUUUAAAAGAUAGUUCGGUUGGUUAUUUAGUUCAAAUUGGUGUUAUCUCAAAGUUUAACCAAGGUUCUUAUGAAAUCUCCGAAUGUAAUAUAAUUCUUAAUCGAUUAUCAAGUUAUAUUGACAUUGAAAAACCUUACUUGAAAAUCUGUUCACUACAUCGAUAUACAUUUGGAAUCGGAUGGAGGAAUAACACGGCUUGUGCACAUUUGGAUCACAAAGAUUCUUUUGCUAUCAAAAAAAGAAAAAGAAAUUCAUCGUCAACCAACCGCAUUUUACCGUUUCAUUUAGUUCGCCACACGACACAAUUUCCUUAUGGCGGUCGUAUUUGUGGAAUUCAUCUAAGAGAAAUCUAUUCAAGAAUAAAAGAACAGCAAUCAGCAGCUGAUGAAUUCAAUACUUUAUCCGAAAUGCAUUCUUAUGAAAUUCAAGUCCACAAGAAUCGUGAACUUGAAAAUACAAAUACAUUACUUAUGUCAUGGAACCAAAGUCCAAUACACAGCCAAACAACAGUUCCAUUAGAAGAUCAAGAACCUAGUUCUAUUCGACGUUUAACAGCCAAGCUCCGUCGAACUGUUUCUAUUGCAGCAGCAAAUGUUGCUGAAAGCAUUGCACCAGGACAAGGUGAAAUGCUGCUUCAAUUAGCAAAUCUAGAUAAUAUUAGUAAACAACAAAUAUCAAAUACGUUAGUGCCAUCUAAUACACAAAUCGACGAACAAUACCUUGAUUAUUUAAUAAAAAUGUACAAAUCAUACGAUGAAAAUAAUUUACCUUUCAAUGAGCAGGUACGUGUAUUAACACUGAUACCAAAAUCAUGGAAUUUAUCAAGUACAAAUAUUCAAAAAGAAUUUAAUUGCUCACGUCAUGCUGUUAAAAUAUCUCGUCGAUUACGUAAAAAUACUCAUAUACCAUUACAUAUUGAAGAGAAAAUACCAAAAGUUCGGCAACGUCUUGAUCCAACAAAACUUGACUAUUUCUUAAGUUGGAUCAUUGAAACUAAUUUACUUAUAUCUAUACCAUGGGGAAGUACGAGUUUAAAACUCGAUAGUGGUGAUAAAAUUUCUAUACCGCAACAAAUGUUACAAGCACAACAGAGUCAAAUUGUUCAUUUGUAUAAAGAACAUUGUAGUGAAGUUGGUAUUGACUCAAUGUCUGAUAGAACAAUAUAUACUAUACUAGAAAGUAUACAUGCUAGUGAACAGAAAUUUGUUUCUGGCAUUGAUGAAUUCGUUAAAGCUGCAUCAGAAGGUUGGGCACUUUUGCAGCAGAUAAUUCAAAAACUACCAAUACAACGUCAAAAUAAACAUGAUAUGAGUAUUAUGUUAGAAACUAGUAAAUUAUAUUUAAAAUCAAAAUAUGCAGUUCAUUGCAGUGAAGAUGAACAGACAAAAACUCAUUGCAGUGUAUUUGCUUUGAGCAAAGAAAAUGAUACUUUUUAUUCACAGGCAUGUAACCAUACUCAUGGCACUUUUUGUCAAGAUUGCAUCUUAAUUGCUGAACUUUUUGAUCAAAUCGAAAAUUCUAUACACACUAUCGUUGACAAAGAAGCAAGAGAUGAAUUAUUGUACGAUUUAACAUUAGUGUGGGAGAGUAUUUUUCAAUUAAUGGGUCAUCGCAUACGAGCUGUUCAACAAGAGCAGCAAAAAAAAAAGUACAUUGAGGAAAUGGAUGCUACAACAGCUUUUUUAACUGUGGAUUGGUCACAAAAAAUUUUACCUCAACAGUUUAAAGAAGGACAGAGCUCUUAUUUUGGAAAACGUGGUAUGAGUCUUCUUGUCGGCUCCUUUGCUUUUAAAGAGGCAUUAUCAACUGAAACAAUAUCGAAGACGUAUAUGCUUGCUUUAACAAGCUGUUGUCAAAACGAACACACAACGCUUUGUGCUGCACAAAUAAUUCUUCAACAAUUUCACCAUGAUUAUCCACAUAUUGUAAAACUGAUAAAACGAUCAGAUAAUGCAUCGGUAUUAGCUGGUCAAUCUACAAUACAAUGCGAGAACUUUUUUUCUAAUAGUCUUGGAAUUAAGUUAUUAAUGCGAGACUAUUCAGAGAUUCAAUGUGGAAAGUCUGUAUGUGAUAGAAUGUCUGGAUCUGCAAAGUUACGUAUGAGAGCAUAUAUCAAUGCCGGUAACGAUGUAGAAAGUGCAUUUGAAAUUAAAAAAGGUAAACAAAAGUAUAUCCUUAAAUUGCAACUACUUUUAUUUUCUACUCUGACAGCAUUUGAAUAUGGAGGGGGUAUUCAAAAUUUAAAGAUAGGUGUUGGAGAAGUUUCCGAAAUAAAUGAAGUAUCACCAGCAACACGAAUAUCUGAACUAAGCUCAAUUCGAAAUAUCAUCUACAAUGAUACGAACAUAAUUUUACGAAAAGCAAGUGGAAUAGGAAUUGGACGAACGAUUGACUACGAAGAUUAUAACAUUACACCAAAUGUAACAUUAGUUAGUUCUUUCGAAAAAUAUGACUCCUCUCAAAAGGUUUUAACAACGAUAACGAAAACCAAGAGAUCUGAUCGAAUGUUUAAGACACUUGUCUUUUGUCCAAAUGAAUCUUGUAUUGAUACAUUUGAAAAAGAAGAAGAUUUGAACGUGCAUAUUUUAUUGAAUCAGCAUACAAUUAAAAGAAGUUCUUUUCGGUCAACAGAUAAAGCCAAGCUGAUGUUAUUUGAGAAAAUCAAAAAUGAUAGCACAUCACCUUCAACAUUACAAUCAACAGCAACGACAACUGUUUUAACUAAUAUACCUCGUCAUUACAAAGUAUUUGCCAUGCAAGGUUGGGCACUUCGUGCAAGAAAGCCGGCAAAAUCAAUUGAUAAAGCUGUCAAGGAGUUUAUAAAAUCUAUUUUUGAAGAAGAGAAAAUUUAUGGAAGAAAAACACCUGUUGAAGAAUAUGUAACACGUAUAAGAACUGCUCGUAAUAAUGAUGGAACCAAGAAAUUCAAUCCCAGCCAGUAUUUAACCUAUAACCAAGUUCAAAACCAAAUAAAAAUGUUGUCUAAAGUACCAAGAAUCAAAAAAGUUUCAAAUACAAAAACAACAAUCGAUAAUAAUAUCGUCCAAGCAAAUCGAUUGACGCAACCAAAAACACGCGCCAUUAAAAAACAAGCAAUACUAUUUGAUGAUGAAACCUCGGAUGACGACGAAGAAGAAGAUGAACGAGCAGUAAAAGCAGCAACACGAUUAGAAAAUUUUAGAAAAACAAUUCUUAAUGAUGAUUUGUAA